UUGCUACGGAAGCUGUCCCAUGACUGUCCCACACCUGCUGCAGGACCAGGUGGAAAAAGGUGCACAGAAAUAAUUUGGGCACUGGUUGGUCCUGGUUUUUGGCCCUGGCUUUUCCUUAGCAACGCCUUCUCUGAAAGACAGAGGCAGUCUUUAUAAGGAAAGGAAGUCAGAUUCUUAGGGGUUCUUUUCCAGGAAGGAGAAAGUGCAGAGACGCUCCCUUAAAGACCCAGCAGGAUGGCCAAGGCUAUACUCAAGGGCCCCCUGGUCCUCUGGCACUGCAGCUUUGCCAGCAGAGAGAAAAACCUCCCUGAGCUGCUCAAGGAGAACAAGUAUUUCCCGUUCCAAGUACAGCAGCCCAAAGUGUUUGUGAUUGAAUAUUACAAGGACAUGAUCUGGAAAGGACUGGUGAUUUUCCUGCUUUCUUUGGGGCUCAGCAUACUUCACUUCAAAUCACCUCGGGGCACUCAAGACUUCACAAUUUUCUUCGUCUUUGGCAUGUUGACCGGACUCUGGCUGUCCAUCAGCAACAUCCACAAGCGCCGGCUGAUCAUCAACCACAUCAAGGAGGUCUACCAGUUCUACAUCAAAGGCAUUCUCUGGCAGGAGGGACCGCUGCAUCAGAUCUACGUGCGGCUGAUAGCCCAGACCGAUGCCUACGGAAAACGCUACUACAGCCUCAUUAUCAAUGGAUACCGCCUGGAGGUGCUCACCCUGGCUGCACUGACGGACCAGUUUGAGCUUCUCGAUUCUGUGGGGCGCCGCAUCGCCCGCAACCUCAACCUCAACUUCUUUGACUAUGAGGAUGUCUCCACGCGUCACGUCAUCAGACACCUUCCGCCGGAGAGGUACGACGACGACGACGACAUGGACUAUGGGGAGAACACGAGUGUGUGAGGGGAGCGGGCAGGGGUGGGUGUGUGCUUGGCUAUUAAAGGUGGGCACUCUG